GUCAGCCACAUGGAACACAAAUUAGGAGACACAAAUCGACUCACGGGGCAUUGGGAAACACAGGCAGAAAGUCAAGUGAAGAGAAACUUCUUCAGAUAUGAGCUAUAUUCUCCAAACAGCUUUUUAGUCACUUUCCCAAAAAUUUUAUUUAUUUUACUGCUUCUUCUUAAGUAAUUAAAAAAAGUAGUUCCUUUUUUUUUGUUGUUGAAGAUAACCGAUAAUGAAACUGAGUGUGGGGAUAUUUUUUGGAGGCUUCUUUGCGGCUCUAGGGGUUUUGCUUUUUUUGGUGGCAUUUGGAACUGAUUAUUGGCUUCUUGCUACAGAAAUAGGAAGGUGUUCGAAAGCACCUGAAGAUGCUGGGGGAGAGAAGGCCACUUUCCAUCAUGAAGGUUUCUUCUGGAGGUGCUGGUUUAGUGGAAAUGUAGGAGAGAAUAAUGCCAGCAUGUGGAAUUUCUGGUAUACUAACCAGUCACCUUCUAAGAAUUGUACACAUGCUUACCUGUCCCCAUUUCCUCUUAUCCGAGAUGAACACAAUUCAACCUCCUAUGACUCUGCAAUCAUUUAUCGAGGUUUCUGGACAGUUCUUAUGCUCCUGGGAGUGCUCACUAUUGUGAUGGCUAGUUUCUUCAUCAUCUGUGCAGCUCCUUUUGCCAGCCACAUUCUGUACAAGGCAGGAGGAGGCUUUUUCAUCAUUGCUGGUGUCUUGUUUUCGCUGGUAGUCAUGAUGUAUGUCAUCUGGGUCCAGGCGAUGGCUGAUCUGGAAAACUACACAAACAUGAAAAAAAUGGAUUGCCCAGACUUUGCUGUUUAUGUACGCUAUGGCUGGUCUUUUAUGCUGGCUCCUAUAGGAGUAUUUUUUGCUUUAUUAGCAGGAAUGCUCUUCUUGUUGGUAGGUCGUGCCAUUUAUUUACACUCAGACUAG